UAUCACCUACCAAAAUACUCAUCGUUAUUUGUAUGAAUUACAAUGUAAAAAAAUAUUUGGAGUAAUUACAGUUUCCCGAUAAUAAAGUAUUACUAUAAUGUUAACAAAAUUAAUGAAUAACUGAAUAACUAAAAAACACUACUGUACUCACACUAUCGUUAUAAAUUAAAAGUGCAUUUAAACAUUUUAAUGACAAUUCAAUAAUGGAUGGGAGACGCAGUCACCGAAGCGUGUAUCCUACAGCGAAACAAAAGAAAAAACUUAUAGAAAUGGUAGCGAAAUAUCCCGAGCUAGUGUCGUGUAAGGUCAGACAAGGCUUUAGCUAUACCGACGCUCACAAGCUUUGGCAAAACAUAGCUGUUGAAUGUAAUGCCAUACCUGGUGCUAAAAAAACUUGGAGACAGUGGAAAAAAACCUGGCAAGACAUUCGUUCGAAAACGAAAAAACGACAUUCUACAGAUUUGCCGGCUUCACUCAUUGUACUAUCGCAAGCUGAAAAAGAUGCCCUAGGACUAAAGAAUGCAACAACGACCGAGAACUGCAUGGAAGAAGAAACUGAAUUUGUAACAUUACAAGAGAAUAUAACGGAAAGUGUUAGUAAUGAUAUCGAGUCAACAGCUUCAUAUAGUGAGGUAGAGUCAUUACCUGAAGAAAAGGUCUUUACAAGAUCAUCUAGAAACAAAAUAAAAAAGCUUAAAAAUGCUAUCAAAAACAGUGCAAAACAUUCAAACAGUUGUUUUUUUAGUUGUGAUAUGUUUUCCGUUUCUGAAGACAGAAAAUUACAGUUAAAAGAGGACUAUUUAAAUUUUAAAAAGGAUUAUUUAAGACAAAAAUUGAAUUUAAUGAAGGAGCAAACUGAUGCUCUCAAAAAUAUUGCUAGAGAACUUUCUAAGUAAUGUGAAUCAAAGUGCAUUUUGUAAAAAAUAAAACAAUAAUUUUAAGUAAACAACAGGGUUUCUGAGUCUCUCACAACAUCUGAAAGUAGUCUGUAAUAUGUUUUGAAUCAAACUUUUUUAAAGAACAAUAUUGUACACAUUAUUUUCACCAUUUGUUCUUUCAAAGCCAGUUCUUCCCUUUUUUAAGUGUACAGUGUACACUAUGAUUGACACAUAAACAGAACCUUUACACUUUGCUUAAUCAGUUUUAUCAGUGAAACCAAGUAGAGAUAGAACUUUUUGUCUUUAUUUAGUGUUACUGAAGUAAUUAUGUUCAUUUCUCUCUUUCGUCUUCUAACUAAGAUGCUGGAAUAUCAAGUUGACUUUGGGAUAGAUGAAUCUGAAGACACUGAGAAUGUAUAUUUCUAAGAGACCUAAAAGACUAAAACAUACAUUAAUAAACAAAAUAAGGCAAAGUUAGGCAAUCGAGACUUAGUAACAGAAAUUGAUAUAAUGACUUCAGUGUGCCAGGUAGGUCUGUGACCUACAUAGACAUCAACAUGUUAAAAAGUGUGUUACCCUAUUAAAGUCUAAUGUGCUUUAAGUUUUAAUAUCUUUUAAUAAAAAAAUUGAUUACCAAUUGGUUCUAUAUAGUCCAUUACAGUGGAUCAGCUGAUGUUAGAAAUUAUUUGAGAAUGUAACAAUGAAUUGGUCUCAAACUCUUGUCUUUUACUUCU